AGGUCAUAGCGAGGUCAAUAUUCAAAGCACUGAAAAUCAUAUUUAAACUACUGGCACAUAAUUAACCAAGACAAAUAUGAUGAUUUAUAUUGGACAUGGAACUAUUGAAAUGAGAGUUAUUACAGCUUUUCCAAGUUAUUGUCGUUAAAAUAAGAAAGCGGGUACUUGCCUCGAUUACCCCUUUCCGUAGGAAGCAGUCAGCAAUGGAAGAGCUUCCGGUUGAGUGUUCGUGCUGCAACAACUGCAAAAAAUAUAAGAAAAGGAUUCUUGUAACUGGGGGUGCGGGCUUCAUAGGUUCACACACUGUUAUUCUUCUUGUGACAAGGUAUCCAGAUUACUACAUUGUCAACCUUGAUAAGCUUGAUUAUUGUGCCAGUGUGAAAAAUUUGGAGAGUAUCAAAGGAAAGUCAAAUUAUAAAUUUAUUCAGGGGGAUAUCUGUGAACCAGACUUCAUGCGCUAUGUCUUUCAAGAAGAAAGGAUUGAUACAGUUCUUCACUUUGCUGCAGAAUCACAAGUUGACAUGUCAUUCAUAUAUUCGCUUGACUUCACACGCACCAACAUCUAUGGCAGCCAUGUUUUGGUGAACGCAGCUUACGAGGCAAGAGUGGAGAAAUUUAUCCACGUCAGUACAGAUGAAGUCUAUGGAGGAAGUAGCACAGAGGUACUGAAAGAAAAAUCCAACUACAAGCCGACCAACCCAUAUGCUGCCAGCAAGGCGGCUGCUGAGUGCAUGGUGAGAUCAUAUUGGGAGUCAUUCAAAUUUCCUGUGAUAAUUACAAGGUCCAACAAUGUCUAUGGUCCCCACCAGUAUCCAAGAUCAGUCAUUCCAAAGUUUAUUUCUCUGCUGGACAGAGACAAGAAAUGCUGUAUACAUGGCUCAGGUGACAGUAUUCGUAACUUCCUGUAUGUGACAGACGUGGCAGAAGCAUUUGACACCAUCCUCCACAAGGGGGAGCCAGGUGAGAUCUACAAUAUCGGAACAGACUUCAACCUGAGCAUUUUAGGGUUGGCAAAAUACCUUAUAAAGAAACUGAAGGGCAUCACGACAGAGGAGGGCAUGCAGCGGUACCUGGAUUUUGGGGAAGACAGGCCUUUCAACGACUACAGAUACAUCAUGGACUCCUCUAAGAUUGCCAACCUCGGCUGGCAGCCAAGAGUCACCUGGGAACAAGGCAUAGAAAACACAGUAUUGUGGUACAGAGAGAAUUUCUACAACUGGACACAUGCGGAAGAGAGUCUAGAAGCAUUCCCAACCAAGACGACCACCAUGCCAAAAUUGCUGUGAUGUAUUUGCAAGUAAUGAACACACUUGGUAAACGAAAAAGUCACUUUGUUGCAAAAUGUUACAUCUUCUUACUUAGUACUUUAAUAUACACUGGGUUUCCCCCUAUUUUUAAAAAUUAAGCUAUCUUUUGAGAAAAAGUAAAAAUGGAAUUAAUUGUACUAUUUUUUAGCAAAUUGGCAUUGAUGGU